AUGAAGAUCCUCAGUUAUAAUACUAGAGGUUUGGGGAGUAGAACCAAGUGGAGAUUCAUAAGAGAGCUUAUAUUGAAGGAGAAGGUUGAUAUGGUGUCCUUUCAAGAAACAAAGUUGGAUAUUAUUGAUAAACCCCUUUGUAAUUUUAUUUGGGGGGACUCUUCCUUCGAGUGGGCAUUCACCCCGGCGGUUAAUAGGGGCAGAGAUCUUUUAUGUAUUUGGCAACAAGGAGCUUUUGUCCUAGAGAAUUGUCAUCGGGGAAGUAGCUUUAUUUCCUUGAGAGGCGUUUGGGGGGAGAAUUCGUUGUCGUGUGUCAUAACAAAUAUUUAUAGCCCUUGCUCUUUAAAGGAGAAGAGGAUUCAAUGGAGCGAGGUGGUAGCCUUGAGGUCUACGAGUCCGUUGUUGGCAUGGUGUGUGGUAGGAGACUUCAACUCGGUUAGACCAUUGGCAGAAAGAAGAGGAGUUAGUACAAGCUCUUAUGCCUCAAGGAGAGAUAUAAAGGAAUUCAAUCUUUUCAUUGAUGCUAUGCAGUUGUGUGACAUCCCUUUGGCGGGGAGGAGAUUCAUUUGGGUUAGACCAAACGGUCGAGCUAUGAGUCGUCUUGAUAGGGCCCUAGUGUCAGUUGAUUGGUUGGAAGAUUGGCCUAAUUGCUUCCAACAGGUGAUGAGUAGAGAUAUUUCGGAUCAUUGCCCAGUUGUUAUUAAACGCUCUGAUGUGAAUUGGGGACCUAAACCCUUCCGCUUCUUGUAG